AUUCUACGACCACAUCGAUAGCAUCGAAUAGAUAUCGAUGUGGUUCCAGCUCUAAUAGUCGUGGAAUUCGGAACAUUAAUUUGUAUUUUUUGCGUCGCGUCGCCCCAGAAAGUCCAAUCCAACAGCAAAUCGCGCGUUUUCCAAAGAAUAACCCCGAAAAAUUCGAAAAUAAUAAUUUUCUUGUUUUUUUUUUCUGUUUCCUGCGGCAAAAAUUCCCAUUUUUUUUCGUAACAUCAAAACAACAACAACAAGAAAAGUGCGUGCGCGUGCAGAAGCGAAAAAAACCGAAUAAAUUGUGGGCGAAUCAACAAGCAAAAGAAAAUGAGCGAUGAUGAGGAGAAGAGGCAAAAAAAGCAGAGGCAGUUGUCGUAGUACUAGUACCAAAAAGAAACUGCGAAAACUGCUAAAGUGACAAAAACAACAACAACAAGUAACGAAAGAGCAAAGCAAAAGAAGGUAAAAAGAAAGAAGGCGAAUAAAAAUUAAGCGCAAAAAUAUACGUCUACAAAAAAACAGCAGCAGCAACAACUACACAAAAAUUAACUUAAAAAAGUCGUGAAUUCAUCGUUCAGUAUAUAUAUAUUAUAUAUAUCAACACAGACACACAUACAAAGAGUGAGAGCGAGAGAGCGCGUUAUUUAUUUUAUAUUUUCGUUAAUCAUUUUUCGCAUUUUGUGAAACAAGUUGGAAAAGCGACAAUACAAAACACAACAACAGCAACAACAAUAGCAGCAGUAAGCAGUUUGCACCACUUGGAAGAGGUUCCGCCCUCCCCAAAUUCCAUAUGCAAAAUGUCUAGUCCCGACGAUAGAAUACCAAUACACGAUCUGCCAUCAGAAGCCGGAAGCGAUGAGCGAUUGCUGCACAUAACGCCGGCCACUCUGACAUUGGACUUCAAGCCCCAUCCCGCCGUGGAUAUCGAUCAGCAGAUCAUGGAGCUCAAGAAAAGCCAGGAGCUGCAAAAGCAGCGGCUUAUCAACUCGUUUCAGGAGCAAUCGAAGCAAAUGGAAUUGGAGCAUAAACUCCAACUGGAGCACAAGUAUCAAUUUGCGGUGAAUUCACAUGGCGCUUUCCAGGAAUUGCGAAACGAGAGCAUGGUGACAGCCGCCGCUGCUGCGGCCGCUGCGGUGGCUCAGGAGCAACAUCGCCAGCAGUUGCAUCAACAGCAGCAGCAGCAUCAGCAGCAGCAGCAGCAGCAGCAGCAGCAACAUCAACAGCAGCAGCAGCAACAGGCACGCGGAAGGGAUGGCAUGAAACUCAAGCAGAACUGUAGUGCCAAUGCCAGUCCCGAGGUCAAACAGAUUCUCAACUGCUUCAUCCUGAGCAGGAAGUCGCAGGCGGCGGCUUCGAAUGGCACAACGACAACGUCGCCCUACAGGAAUCGCGGCGUGGUGAAGAGCUCCUCGGGCGAAUCCCUCCCAGCUGGAACCGUGACCAGUGCGCAUCCGUACAAAAUACCUCAGCCGCCACCCUCACUGCUCAAAUAUGAAUCUGAUUUUCCGCUGAGGAAGACAGCAUCCGAACCGAACCUGCUGAAGAUCCGGCUGAAGCAGAGCGUCAUCGAGCGCAAGGCCCGCAUCGGAGGACCGGCGGGAGCCCGGCGCCACGAACGACUCCUCCAGGCGGCGCAGCGCAGGCAGCAAAAGAACUCGGUUCUCACAAACUGCAACAGUACACCGGAUUCUGGACCAAAUUCGCCGCCCUCGGCAGCCGCGUUGGCAGUGGGCGUGGUCGGUAGUCGUGGAUCACCGACAAGUGCACCCAUCCAGGAGGAGAACGAGGAGGGCAGCCAAUAUCAGCCGGGCCAGAGGAGCAGCAUCAACGAUUUGCCACUGUUUAGCUCGCCAUCGCUGCCGAAUAUUUCGCUCGGGCGACCGCAUUUACCCAACUCGGCGCAGGCGCAUGCCCAGGUGAAUGCCCAGGUGGCUGCCCAGGCUCAGGCACAGGCCCAGGCACAGGCUCAGGCGCAUGCCAUGUUCGCGGCACUGGCUGCCGCCCAGGGUGGCUGCGGACAGCCGGGCUACUACAAUCCACUGGGCAUGGCAUUCGUUGGCCGCCAACCAGCACCGCUGGCCAUGAUUCCGGCCACGGGGAUAGCACCGCAGCAACCGUCGCCGGUGGUGCGCAGUGCAUCGGCCACCUCGACAUCGUCGUCGCAGGCCUCGCUGGUGGGCGAUGUGGCGCCGCCGCAGGCCCAUGCCGCCUCCACCAUUCUGCCCUCGUCGUCGUCCUACAUGCAGCAACUGGGCAGUGUGGCCGGUUCGGGUGUUAAUCUCCAUGCCGCCGCCGUGGCUGCAGCGGCAGCAGCAGCAGCCGCCGCCGGUUCACUGCCACCGACCAAUAGCCAUGGUCACGGACACGGCUCCCACGCACAUCCGCAUCCACAUGCCCAUGGACACGGUCAUGGCCAUGGCCAUGGCCUCUACGCCGGCCACCAGCACAAUGUGCCCAUCACGGACGCCCAGGUGGCGCAGGUGCAUCUGCACAAACAGGGCCACCGGCCGCUGGGACGAACGCAAUCGGCACCACUGCCCCUUGGACAUCCGAUGCUAACCGGAGCUGUGCAGCUGAAUGUGGUCCAAACGCACUACGAGAAUAGUGAGGCGGAGCGCCAGGCGUACGAGCACCAGGUGGUGAACCAGAAAGUCCGCCAGACCGUCCUGACUCGCAGCGGAGCUGCUGCAGCAGCCGCUGCUGCCGCCGGCGUGAGUGUGGUGCGUGAGGCACAGCUGAAGGAGGAGGACGACGACUCGGCCGCCGAGGUAAUGGACCUCACAGACAAGAAGAAACCGCCGAAGACGGUCCUGACCAGCACGAUAGCCACUAGUACGUCCCAGAAUCUGCCCGAAGCUUUGGCGGCGGCGGCUUCAGCAGCCGCCUACCGUGCCCCGCACACCGCGUCCAGUAACUCCGCCUCCGCCACAAAGUCCGGUAUUAAGCUGCGGGACCAGGAGUAUCUGCAACAGCAGCGGGAGCAGCUAUUGCUCCUUCAGCAGGAGGAGGAACUGGCGAAGAGCCUAAUGCGUCCGCUAUCGCGAACGCUUAGCAGUCCGCUGGUGCCGCUGGGACCGCAUGGUCUUAGUCAGAUUCCCGACACUGGACAGCAGCCGGCACCGAUAGCCACAUCCUCGUCGGCCGAUCAUAUACCGCCCGUGAACCUCUCGCUGCCGCAUCGCCAGCACCGCCAGCUAAUGAGCACACUAUACGCCAGCCAAUUGCGUAACCACCAGCCAUCGGCGAGUGGUUCACCGCCGCACAAGGUCACCACCGGUUUGGCCUACGAUCCGCUCAUGCUGAAGCACUCGUGUAUUUGCGGAGACAAUGCCCAGCAUCCGGAGCACAGUGGUCGACUGCAGAGCGUGUGGGCACGGCUGAAUGAAACGGAUCUGGUGAAGCGUUGCGAUCGCCUGCGCGCUCGCAAGGCGACGCAGGAGGAGCUGCAGACUGUGCACACCGAAGCGCAUGCCAUGCUCUUCGGUUCGAAUCAGUGCCAGUUGAGCAGGCCCAAGUUGGAGAACACGUUGUCGGCCAGCUUCGUUCGUUUGUCGUGCGGCGGUUUGGGUGUCGAUCUGGAUACCACGUGGAAUGAGCACCACACGGCCACAGCUGCUCGAAUGGCUGCCGGUUGUGUUAUCGAUUUGGCACUGAAGACGGCCAAGGGUGACCUGCGGAAUGGUUUUGCCGUUGUGCGGCCGCCGGGCCAUCAUGCGGAGGCCAAUCUGGCCAUGGGCUUUUGUUUCUUCAAUUCGAUAGCCAUUGCGGCCAAGCUGCUCCGUCAGCGGAUGCCCGAGGUGCGGCGCAUCCUCAUCGUCGAUUGGGAUGUGCAUCACGGCAAUGGCACACAGCAAGCAUUCUACCAAAGUCCCGACAUUCUAUAUCUUUCCAUACAUCGACACGAUGACGGUAACUUCUUUCCCGGCACAGGUGGACCCACAGAGUGCGGCUCCGGUGCUGGUCUCGGUUUUAACGUGAACAUCUCAUGGUCUGGGGCACUUAAUCCGCCACUGGGCGACGCCGAGUAUAUCGCUGCAUUCCGUACCGUUGUGAUGCCCAUCGCGCGGAGCUUUAAUCCGGACAUUGUGCUGGUAUCCUCCGGCUUUGAUGCGGCCACCGGCCAUCCGGCACCGCUGGGUGGCUACCAUGUCUCUCCGGCUUGCUUUGGGUUUAUGACCCGCGAACUCCUUCAGUUGGCCAACGGCAAAGUGGUGCUGGCCCUCGAGGGCGGCUACGAUCUGGCCGCCAUCUGUGAUUCCGCCCAGGAGUGUGUGCGGGCGCUGCUCGGCGAUCCCGCUGCUCCCAUUGCCAAGGCCGAGCUGGAGCGCCCGCCCUGCCAGAAUGCCAUCAACACGCUCCAGAAGACGAUAGCCAUUCAGCAAACGCACUGGCCCUGCGUAAGGAUGCUGGAGCACACGGUGGGCUUGUCUGCGCUGGAGACGCUCAAGGUGGAGCACGACGAGUCCGAGACGAUCAACGCCAUGGCUGGCCUCUCGAUGCAGUCGAUGCACAGAACUCUAUCCCGCGAUGAUUCCGAGGAGCCGAUGGAUCAGGAUGAAACCAAAUAGAAGGCGAUGCGGACGUAUUUCGGGGAAGAGGAGGCGGUGGGCGUGGCGAGGUUUUUGUGGACGUGGUAGUGGGAAUGGCAGGAGGGCGUGGCCGCAAGCUGCUCAAUGCACAUUUAGUUAUUUGUUGUAGUUGAAUUGAUUGUUGUUGCUGUUGUUGUUGUGGCGCUCGCUUGCAAUUGUUGUCGUUGUCAUUGAUCGUCUAUAGCCACAUCUAUCUCUCUCACUCGAUCGAUUAUAGCAUCCCAACCCCCCGCCCCCCACCACCAAAAAAAAAAAAAAAAAAAAAUGAGAAACAUCGAAAAUAUAGGGGAACAUGUCUAAAAGAAGCAGAACAGGGCCUAAAGUUCAAAAUGGUGGCUGUGCCUCCAAAAGAAGAAAUAAUUAUAAUAAUUAGAAAAGAAUCCUUUCAAAAAAAGGGAGAUUUUAUAUGAAUAUAUAUAUAUGAGUAUCUAUGUAGCAUAAGGUCAGAAUUUAGUUGUAGAAGUGUCAUCGAGAUUUUUUUUUUUUUGUUUUAAGGUGAGAGCAGAGGUAUUUUAACGCACACACAAACACACGCAACUCAAUGUAUCUUAUUAUUAUUAUUUAAGUAAGUGUGUCAAAAGGAUAUAGAACCACUAACAUACUGGUGAACAUCAUCAGUAAGCUAUAAAGAUAAAGUUUAAAGAGGUCGGGUGCAAGAAGCAAGUGUUUUUUAAGGUAAGGUUCAACCUCAAAGUUCCCAAGUCUAGACCCCACCACGCCCACUUAUCCGCCAUCGCAUACAGAGAUCGAGUGGGGAGAGGAUUACAUGUUAUAUAGAAUGCUUUAGUUGAUAUAAGAUAUGAGAAAACUUAACAACUAACUAGUUGGAUGAAAAGCGGAAAAACUGAGAAAUCUUUUUGUACAAUUUAUAGUUUAGUGCAAGUUUCAAGUACAACAUGCUAUUAUUUAAAGAAUUCUAUAUAUAUACA